AGUUGACAACGAGGAGAGACGGAGACACAGGAGAGUGAGGGCGACACCGACAGAUCUCCAGGCAGUCAGAGCGAUGUGGACGAAACGCACCGGCCUCUCUUUUUCUCUCAAAGAGCAGAAACCUCACCCAAGCAGUAGCUGAGGAAACCGACAAAGGUAUUUGAAAAGAGAAGGAGCGAUCUCGAAUUACGCUCCUGAGCAGCCAGGUGGGUUACGCACCAGUGCCCAAGUGACAGCGGGAAACGGAGGGGGUUCUGAGUCUGAGUCGUACAAGAGGGACCCGGCCUGAGAGCUCCUGGACCGGCAGGCGGUUUACGGUACCAGCUGCACUCUUCUUCUAGCAGACCCUGUGAGCUCAACUCCUGCAAGCAACGCAGCGUUCUGGGCGCCCGCGUCCAGGACGCGCUUGGCACCCAGUUCCUGGGCGCUAUCUUCAGCGGCUGCUUUCAGCUUCCACCCCCUGCGCCCUCGCCCCGGGAGCGGCACCCCGGACAAGCCGAACUUCCUUAGGUCUUUUCCCUUGGAAUAUUACCUAGGGGCCGCUGCACACCCGCCACGGUGGCCACCAUGAAUGAGGCGACUGGCGGGGACGAGCUCGCAGAUUUCCUCACUCUGAUUCCGGACAUUCUAGAGGCGGGCAAUGCGAGUGGCAACGCUUCGCUGCAGCUCAAGGACUGGUGGUGGGAGCUGGGACUGGAGUUGCCGGACCGCGCGGGCAGCGGCGGGGGGCUGCGGAUCCUCAUCGUUGUGGUCUACUCGGUGGUUUGCGCGGUGGGGUUGGCGGGCAACCUACUGGUGCUCUACCUGAUGAAGAGCAAGCAGGGCUGGCGCAAGUCCUCCAUCAACCUCUUCGUCACCAACCUGGCUUUGACCGACUUCCUGUUCGUGCUCACCCUGCCGAUCUGGGCUGUGGAGAGCGCGCUUGACUUCAAAUGGCCCUUCGGCAAGGCCAUGUGUAAGAUUGUGUCCAUCAUGUCGUCCCUAAACAUGUACGCCAGCGUCUUCUUCCUCACCGCCAUGAGUGUAGCACGCUACUACUCUGUGGCCUCAGCUCUCAAGAGCCACCGGACCCAAGGGCACAGCCCGGGCAGCUGCUGCGGCCUGAGCUUGGAGGACAGCUGCUGCGGCCUGAGCUUGGAGGACAGCUGCUGCUUCUCGACCAAGGCGCUGUGUGUGUUGAUCUGGGCCUCAGCCACGCUGGCCUCGUUGCCCAAUGCCAUCUUCGCCUCCACGACCAAGGUGCUGGGAGAAGAGCUGUGCCUGGUGCGCUUCCACGACCAGCUGCGGCCGGGGGACAGGCAGUUCUGGUUGGGCCUCUACCACACGCAGAAGGUGCUGCUGGGCUUCGUGCUGCCGCUGGCCAUCAUCAGCCUGUGCUACCUGCUGCUGGUACGCUUCAUCUCCCACCGCCGCGUGGCCGGGGCCCCUGGCGGAGCCGUGGCGUCCGGGGGAGGCCUGGCUGAAGCCAGCGCCCGGAGAAGGUCCAAAGUCACCAAAUCGGUGACCAUCGUGGUCCUGUCCUUCUUCCUGUGUUGGCUGCCCAACCAGAUGGUCACCGCCUGGGGCAUCCUCAUCAAGCUCGACGCAGUGCCCUUCAGCAACGAGUACUUCGUCUUUCACCAGUACGCGCACCCCUUGAGCGUGUGCCUGGCUCACUGCAACAGCUGCCUCAACCCGAUCCUCUACUGCUUGGUGCGCCGCGAGUUCCGCAAGGCGCUCAAGAGCCUGCUGUGGCGCAUCGCGUCUCCUUCGCUCACCAGCAUGCGCCCCUUCACAGCCACCACCAAGCCCGAGCCUGAGGAUCAGGGGCUGCAAGCCCUGGCGCCGCUGCAGGCAGCCGCGGAGCCGGACCUGCUCUAUUACCCGCCGGGCGUGGUGGUCUACAGCGGAGGGCACUGCGACCUGCUGCCCAGCAGCUCCUCCUGAAGCUGCAGAGGCUGAGGGCGCGCAGUCACCGCCAAGGUGGUUUUCCAGGCAGGGUAAGGGGAGGGCAGAUAAGGGCAGGUUGGCAGGGCUUCUUGGUCAAGGGUAGGUGGGACAAGGAUGGAGGCAAGCGAGGAGGAUGAACCUGUGAGAUUGCCAAGGGCCCUUCUCUGGUGGGGAGAGAUGCUAGACCUGGUGAGGAGAGCAAAGCGCCUGAGGUCUGCCCCAGAGGACCAGGCCACCAGCCACCAGCCCCUCCACGCCAUCCACUCCUCAAGCUGACCACGUUGAAGUGUGGGAGAGCCCAAAGGCAGAGAGAAGUAUUGGAAAAAGAGAGAAAUGGGGCGAAGGGUGGGGCUCAGCCAAGUCGCGCGCUGCUGAUCAAGUGCAUUUAUUGUACAGAUUUUACAAAGCCCUUGGCAAGGGCCCUCAGGGUGCAUCCAGCCGGGGACCCGCCCACAGACCUCUCCUUUGCGCGUUAGCUCUCGAGCCUGCCGCAGCGCUAAGGCUUGACUUGCGGUGUGGCAGCCCCAGGAGUCUAAGAUUUGGAGGCAAGAAACUUUUUUGGAGUUGGGAGAAAGGGUGGCAUUCUUGGUCCUCCCAAGGAGAAAUGGCGGAGGAGAGGCAACUUCUAUGUGGCCAUUGUUAUCUCCUACCACCCCAGACAGGGAAACCGCGACUCUUUGCCAUGCCUCUGCACUCAGAUGCCUCUGGAGGCAAAACAACUGUCGCUAGGGAGAGAGAGAUUCGCCGCGGAGUGGCUCUGCUGCGGGAGGGAGCGGACGCUGUGUGAUUACGGGGCCUCAGUGGAGAGAGCUCUUCAGGCUGCUGCCCCUGAAGGAAAACUAGCCUCAUGCGCUCCACUGGUACGAGAGCAGGAAGCGGAGAGCCCCGGGUGCUGGGAGCCUGGGCGCCCUGCUUCCCCUGAGGGCUGGCUAAGUGCCCAGAGAGACUGCGUGCUUUGAUUGCCACGCUCUGCUGGUGAGCUGGGCCCAGGAACAACUUGAAAAGCUCAGAAUAGACAAGCUACUGGAAGUGGGGACUUCUCUGCAGCCCCUCCCCCUCACUCUUUAAGAAUUGGGAUGACUUUUUGGCUGAGGCCCUCCCUGGAGCAGCGUGUAGAGGGAUGGCUAGGUGUUUUUUGUUUUGUAGGUUUGGGUAUAAAAGCAAGAGAUGCUGUAAGAAUGCUCAGGGAAUUCCUGGAAACGGAAUACCUAGAAGUUGGAGUCUGAUCUUUCAAGAGGAAGUGUGGGGUGGGAAGGGGAUGGAAGACCGCGAACGAAUUUCUUUCUAGCUCAUGUAGAACUUCCCUAAAGGGAAGAGCGUCCUCUAGAGCCCGUUGUGGGGGGCGUGGGGUUCUUUGUUACUCAUAUUGCUGAUAAGAGAAGGUGGUGGAUAAGAAUACCCGUAAGGCACACUACCUUAGCCAAGUUCCAUUUAUUCUAAAGAGUGCUUUCUGCACUGAGCAUGCUUCAUGAAUUCUUCCCUAUCCCCCAGACCAUCUAUGGGGUCCCAUUAAAGAGUGUCUCACAUUUCUCAGACAACUCUGUCCUGAAAAAUCUGUUGCCCUGGAGUGGAUGCCAACUCAUAGUGACCCUAUAGGACAGAGUAGAACUGCCCAAUAGGGUUGCCAAGGAGUGACUGGUGGAUUCAAACCGUCAGCCUUUUGGUUAGCAGCCAAGCUCUUAACCACUACGCUACCAGGGCUCCAACUCUGUCCUGGUUGCAGCAAUUUAAGAUGUUGAAAUUGUCACAAUGUCCUUUCUUGAGGCUGCUCAGAAAACUGGAGUCAAACAUUAAGCACCCACUGCCAUGCCAGCUUUGACUGAUGUGCUACUGUCCUCUGGGGCAACGUUGGUAGGGGGUAAAGAAACCAGCAAGGCAGGCACCUACUGGGGUGGCUAUUUUAAUACAAUAAAUAAUUAUUAUAAAACCAUGUCUGCUUAAAUAGACUCUUGAACUGUGGAAUUGUUUAGUAAUUUUGCUGGAAAUCUCCUGUAGUGUCUAGAACUGAGAUUUAAGACUCAAAAUGUGGGACCUAUAGCCCCAGCAUUCCUUGUUCCACUUUCUGUAAGAUACCCAGACCCCGUGCCCUCGAGUCGAUUCUGACUUGUUAGAUAAUUACUAAAUAAUCAUACCUUGCCACAAAAACAAAGACUUCCUGACCUCGUCAAUCCUGAGCGGUCUGGAGAAUUUAGCUUUUAGAAAACCAAAGGGUGCUUUUGUUUUAAAGUCAUUGAAUUGGACUUUCUUUACCUUUGGGGAAGAAAAUAUAUUGAUACUGAAGAGUAAUCAAGCCAACAAGGAUUGAAAUGUAAGCCCCCCCCCCACCCCCAUAUCCUCCAAAUACAAAAUAAAUGAAAAAGUAAAUACCCGGAAAGAAUACAUCAAUAUUAGACUCUCAUCGAGGAAUUCACUUUAUUAAAGCAACUUGCCAUUUCAAUUUUGACCAUAAAAUGACUUGUGGGCAGACGAGGAUUCUUAGAAAAGUAUGUUGAAGGGCAUGCUUCUAUUAUAUUGGGCACUAGAAAAAGAGAAGGAAAGGCAGGAGGCAAUUCCUUCAGCGAAAAAAAAAUUUUUUUCUAUGAAAGUAGUACCUUGUCUCCACAAACCUGAGGGCUCUGAGAACAUGGUGGAAGAGAGCAAAUACCAUGACUUCUGUCUACCACAAGGACAAAAGAGUUAACAAGAAAAUGGUUAAAUUGGUUGAAAUGAACAAUUACUUUCUGAAUGCCUAUUGUGUACCUAGCCUUGUGCUGGGAGCUGGGAUCCCACAGAUGAACCAGACUCAUCCCUGACUUCUGCAUUUAGGAGUGACAGCCAUGAACACAAGUAACUAAAGAUGGGAAGCAAUGACUUGAAUGUCUCAGUAAGGCUAAAAGAAGGUGCUGUGGGCGAUCAGACACUUCUUGGUCAAAGUCGUAUUUGAGAGGGACCUAGAAAUAUGGAUACAAUGUAGACAGGCAGAAAUGGAGGAGAGGGAGGACAUUCAAAGCCAAAGAACUGCAAUAGUCAAAGGCUUUGAGGUAGGAAUAUCAGGCGCAUGGUGGGGAAAGACGGAAGUAAAGCAGAGUGGCUUCCCUUUCUCCUACCUGCUGUCCAGGCAUCCGGAAUUUUCCAGGAUUUCAACUAAGAAUUUUGGUGCCCCAGCACUUGUUUUAUUUACCCAGAAGUUAGACAUUUUCUCUCAGAGAAGAACAUGUCAUUGGCAUACUCAGAACAAGUAUUUGAGUUCCCAAAGGUGGUUAAACGCUUUUUAAAUUGGAUUCUACCUACUGAUUCAAACUUUGGUGGAGUUGAG